CAUUCUACAAUCAAAUUUAGAAUAGAAAAUACCAGCAUUUCAAAACCAUAAUAUAAUUUUUUAAAAAUAAAAAAGAAAACAAUGAAUUUCAAUAAGGUAUUUAUUUUUGUUGCUUUGAUUUUGGCCGUUUUUGCGGGACAAAGUCAAGCGGGUUGGUUGAAAAAAAUUGGCAAGAAAAUCGAACGUGUUGGUCAACAUACCCGUGAUGCCACCAUACAGGUACUGGGUGUAGCGCAACAGGCUGCAAAUGUGGCUGCCACGGCCCGAGGUUAAUUUUUUUUUAAAUUAUGACCAAAUUUUGAUAUUAAGAUUAUAUUUAGUAUAGUUUCAAUUAUAACUGCCAUAUUUAGAAUAUAAAUUAUUUAUUGGAAUAAAAAGUUGUUUAAGUAAUAUAUAAAAAAA